UUGAUUUUUUUUUUUUUCCAUUUUUUGGGGGAUUUUUGCUUCAAGGGUUGUUCCUUUUUUGUUUUUUCGAUUGUAUGCAUUGAAAGGUUCGCUCAGAUAUCUUUGAAUAUCUGUUAAUGAAGUUGUUUUUCCUCAAAUUUUUUGUUAUCUGAGUACCAUUUGCUUCCAGUAGCCCUGCAGAUUCUGGAGCCAUAAUACGAGAUAUGAACAUAACUUUGUUGACAUCUUUCAAAUUGUAUAUUGAGCUUCUUAAACAUUCAUUAGGCAAAUUUGUGUCAGUAAAGGCCUCUGACUAUGAGCCAGCUGCCUUACAUCUAAUGGGCUGGCUUAGCAAAAUCUUCAAGGGUUCAAACCAUAGUGUUCAAGAGGAGAGAUAUGAAGCUGAAGCUGUUGAAGCUGAUACUGUGGAAAACCUUCCAUCUACAUCGUUGGAUGAUGCAUGGUCGGAGAUUGAAGACAUAGAUCACGCUAUUGCAUUGUCGCUUUCAGAAGAAGAGCAGAAAAGAAACAGUGUGAAUGACAGUGAACUGCAUAUAGAAGAAGACGAACAACUUGCCAGGGCCCUUGAGGAGAGUUUGAAUGUCGAGUCUCCACCCGAAUCACGGAGUCAAAAUGACAGUGUUACUGGAAAUGGGUAUGAGGAUGGAUAUGGAUAUGAAAAUGAGAGCCUUUACCAGCCUAUAUAUUUUCCUCAUUCAGUAGGCUCAGGCUUCAGGACUUACAUCUAUUGUGGUAGGAUUUGUGCUGGUUGUAACAUGGAAAUUGGCCAUGGAAGAUUUUUAAGUUGUCUGAGUGCUGUCUGGCAUCCAGAAUGUUUUAGAUGCCAUGGAUGCAGACAACCUAUUUCGGAUUACGAGUUUUCCAUAUCCGGGAGCUACCCGUAUCACAAGACUUGCUACAAGGAGUCAUAUCAUCCAAAAUGUGAUAUCUGCAGUCACUUUUCAUGGGACGCGAGAUUCGCAGCACUUAACGAUGGUCGAAAGCUCUGCCUCGAAUGCCUCGACUCGUCAAUUAUGGACACUGAUGAGUGCCAGCCGCUUUUUCUCGAUAUACAAGAGUUCUUCGAAGGGUUGAACAUGAGAAUUACUCAACAAGUUCCGUUGCUUUUAGUCGAGAGGCAGGCACUGAAUGAAGCCAUGGAUGGAGAGAGACAUGGGCAUCAUCAUAUGCCUGAAACUCGAGGUCUCUGCCUCUCAGAGGAACAAACAAUCAGCACUAUACUUAGAAGACCGAGAACAGGCGGUGGAAAUCGAGCAACGGCCAUGAGAACAGAGCCUUAUAGAUUAAUCAGACAUUGUGAAGUGACAGCCAUCCUUAUUUUGUAUGGUCUUCCAAGGUUGCUGACUGGAUCAAUAUUGGCUCAUGAGAUGAUGCACGCGUGGCUACGUCUUAAUGGUUACCGAACUCUCAGACAAGACGUCGAAGAAGGUAUCUGCCAGGUCAUCGCCAGCAUGUGGCUCGAAUCUCAGAUUCUGUUCAUGUCUGAUGCUGAAAAUGCAUCCACCUCAUCAUCAUCUUCAUACGCCUCGAUUUCGAGACAGGGAGCAAGAUCUCGAUUCGAGAAGAAACUCGGCGUGUUUUUCAAACACCAGAUUGCAACCGACACAUCUCUUGUGUACGGACACGGUUUUAGAGUCGGUAAUGAGGCCGUGCAGAAAUUUGGCUUGCAGAGGACACUCGACCACAUGAGAGAGACCGGAAGCUUCCCAGACUGAAAAUUCGGUGCCGAACAAUUCGAGAACAUAUUCUUUUUUUAUUACAUUUUCCUUUUCCUUUUUUUUUUUUCAAGUUGUUUUUUGAAUUACGGAAUGGGCAUUUUGAAACAAAUGCCUCUGGUACAGGAAGGAGUCCUUAGAUUAGACUAGAGUACUAAGAGUAGUAAGUCAUUUUGCAAACCUCUGUAUAUUUUCGAGGCCCUUACAUGUAUACUUGUGGAAA